AAUAUGGCUGCCUAGAGUUAUCUAGCUAAUUAAUUGUGGUUGCAUAUAUCUAAUCGGUCUUCCCAUUUUGAUAGCCUCGAGAGCAAAAAUCAACCAUGUCGGAUCUGUUUGCCCUGGCGGGAGACUUCUCCUGGAGCAGCGUACGUCCAUCGCCCAGUAAAUUGACCACACAGACUGACUGACUGUCCAACUGACUGGAAUUACUCUAGAUAACCCCCUCGCCAGUCCUGAACUUCGUCCCUUGUUUUGACGAGUUCCAAUGCGGCCGACUCCAGGUCCCGUUGAACUGGACAGAUGAUGGCGAUGCCAAAGUCACGGUCGCUGUCAUUAAACUGGCGGCACAGGUAGAUGUCAAUGAUGAGCGGUAUGGGGGGGCUAUCAUCACCAAUCCUGGCGGUCCGGCUGGCUCGGGAGUUAUGCAAGUACUGCAAGAUGGGAAACGGAUCCAGAAGAUCGUGGACACGGUGAAUGGCGACUCGCAACGUUUCUUCGAUAUCGUCUCCUUCGAUCCCCGUGGCGUGGGCAACACUCUGCCCCGGAUGCAAUGCUUUCCAGACUCCUUGACAGAUUACGUCUGGAACCAGCAGUUGCUCACGGAGGGCAUCGUGACCAGCUCCAGACAGGCUUAUGAUAAUCUCUGGGCGCGGAGCAAGGCACUGUCAGCAGCGUGUGCAAAGGAUGAUUCCGGGAUCGCGUCCUUCAUGGAUACCUGGAGUGUGGCGAACGAUAUGCGGGCGAUUGCGCGUCAAUUGCACGGUACGGAAGACAAUGCUCAUCUGCAAUACUGGGGAUUUUCGUACGGCACCAUCAUCGGAUCCGCGUUUGCCACGCACUUCCCGGAUGAAGUUGACCGCAUGGUUCUCGACGGAGUGGUCUAUGGCCCGGCCUGGCACGCAGGUGAGAAUGCCCAAUUCCUCCGCGACGCGGACGAGGUCUUCGAGCGGUUCUUCGACUACUGUCUGGCAACGGAUUGUGAGUUUGCAGCUGGCCUGGAGAAAUUAAACGAUAGUCUGUAUUGCCAAAGUAUGGGUUUUCUGGAUCGCAUCAAACGGUUUUUCGAGAAGUGUCUGGAUACGGGCUGUUCGUUCGACAGCCCAGGUCACAGUGACUCAGAGUAUCUCGGAUAUCGACUGCAUGAUCUUCUCCAUCGCCUCAGACAAGACCCUCUGCCGGUGGCUGGGCCAAACGGGCCAGCCACGGUGACGUACGCCGAUGUCAAACGACUGAUCAGCCAGUCUGUCUAUGCUCCCCGCGACAUGUUCCCGAUCCUGGCGACUAUUCUUGCCGACCUGAACAAGGGGAACGGCAGCAGUCUGGUCGAAUUCCAGACGGCAGUGCUUCAAGAGACUCGCCCAGCUCGGUGUCUCAUGCCGGAAUGUCGGGCAGACGCCGUCUGUACCGAGACCUGUCGGAUGAUAGACGAUUAUCGUUCAGAAGUCACGUCAGCAGUCAUGUGUCUGGAUAUAAACAGAAAUCAUGGACUUACGGGCAUUUCCAAAGAAGAAUUCCGCCAGCAGCAUGUCCAGCCCAUCAUGUCAGCCAGCAUGUGGGUCGGCGAUACCAUGACGGGUAUCGAAGUGCUUCUGCCCUGCUUGCACAGGGAUAUGCCUCCUGUCCUCCCCUUCGAUGGCCCGAUUGGAGGGAAAACGGCAACGCCUAUUCUUCUAAUCGGAAACACGCUGGAUCCGGCGACUCCGCUCGCAAGUGCCCAUCAAACGUCCCAGUUAUUCGAGGGCUCCGUUGUUUUGGAACAAAAAUCGGAAGGACACUGCUCGUAUACGGCACCGUCAAACUGCACCGAGAAGCAUGUCCGGGCGUAUUUCAACCGAGGGGUUCUUCCCAAGAAGGGGGCGAAAUGCGAGGUCGAUGAGGAACUGUUUCCUCGAUCGAAUAAAUGGCUGUUUGGGAAGAAGAAGGAACUGUGAGGGGAUAGUUUAUACCGGCAGAGACACAGCUAUAUCCAAUACA